ACGGCAGAGUGUGAGAGUCACUUAAGAACAAUGGCGUGUAACUCCGAGAGGAAACCUGCUUGGGUGUUGGUGACGAUUCCGAAGGCAUUCGAUACCAGUCUCAAAUUGACAGAAGCUGUGUAUGAGAUGUAUCACGUGAUACAUUGGGAGGAGUUCAGCUCGGCAGUGGACCAGUAUGCGGCUAAGAUGGAUGUCGUGCUGGUGACAACCUUCGGCAUGCCAAAGCUAUCCCCUGGACUGCUGGAUCGGAUGGUCAAUUUAAAGGCUGUUGUCACUCCGUCGAGUGGUACGGAUCACCUUGACCUUGCCCUGCUCCGGAAGUACAACAUCAAGGUUUAUAGUGCGGGAGGUGUGAACAAUGAUGCAUGUGCUGAUAUGGUCUUCAAUAUGCUACUCUCUGUUGCAAGGAGAAAUCCAGAAGUUAUCCAGCUAACUCACCGCUUCGCUGCUCAAUCAAAAGCACUGGUGGAACAGACAGUGCAAGUCCUAGGCCAUGAAGUGACCGGUUCUACCCUCGGCAUCGUAGGAAUGGGAGGCAUCGGUUACGAGGUCGCACGGAGGGCUGUAGGAUUUAAGAUGAAAAUCCUAUACUACAGUCGCAGUAGAAGGCCUGCAGCCGAAGAAGACGAAGUAAAGGCCAUCUACUGUUCCUCGCUGGAUGAACUGCUACCUCAUGUGGACUUCCUGGUGCUCUCUCUUCCUCUAACAGAAGAAACACGUCAUAUCAUGGGAAGACACCAGUUCAACAAAAUGAAAUCAAAUGCAAUCGUCAUUAAUGUCGCUAGAGGCGAGUUAGUCGACCACGAUGACCUCACAGACGCACUUCGGAGCGGUACCAUCGCCGGAGCAGCCCUCGACCUUACCGUACCCUACCCGUUGCCUUUAGGGCAUCCACUGCUGAAGAUGCCCAAUGUCUUCAUCACUCCGCAUUGCAGUGCUUUUACGGUGGACUUGGGCAAAAGAAUGAUUCAAACAAUAAUGGACAAUCUUUCAUUAGCACUCUCCAAAGUUUAAGCCUCGUGAUAUUUCGUUUAACUAAAAUCAAAGGCAUCGUUUUAUAUCUGGAUGCACGGCCCUACGUGUUAUCAUGGUGUAAUAUUGAAGCCCUAACAACAUUGCGCUUCAAAAUGAU